GUCUCAGAACCCAAGGCACUUGCUGGUUUAGGGGAUUCUUUUUUGUGCUGCUAAUUCAUUUGUGGUUCUGUAUUUGGGAAGCGCCUAGGUCAUUCUGAACAUUUAAUUCCCAGGCCUUGGGUUGGAAGAGUUGGUAGUUUGGGCCUGAGCAAGUGCUGGAGAUGGACCAGCCCAUAUUGUACAGCCAAACCUCCUUCCCCAACUUCACCUACAGCCCAGGAGUGGUGCAAGACGGGGGCAAUUACCAGUAUUUGGGCAACUACAAUGCCCCGUCCUACCCGCAGCCGUUCUUCCAUGUCCCUGUUAUAAAAUCAGAAUUUGGUGCCCAUGAGGAAGAAACGCCGGGGAGUUGCCAUGCUGCUUCCUUUGACUGGAACCUGUACCCUCACUUUCAGAUCUCUAACCAGACGGCUUCCAACAGUUCUGGAGAUCCAAGUCCAGAGGGAAGAACUGAGGAGGAUGGUUCUGUCAGUGAAGGGAGGUCCUCCAGUUCCCCUUCCCCCAAUUCUCCCCUGGUGCCUUCCUUUGCCCAAUAUUGGCAUUAUCCCUCCUGGCAGCAGGGGAACCUAACCAACCAAGCUCACACUCUUUUUGAUGGAGGUGAUGAGAAGCCCCAACAGUCUCGUCACAGUCCAACGGCCUCGCUAGGGAGUGGGGCGUCCAACACCGAGGAUGAGGAGGUCCCCAGUGCCAUCUCCAGUAGAGCAGAAAGAGGUCUCUGUAGUCCCUCUCCUAAUAAUGCCUCAUGUGGCCCUGGAACUGAAGAGGAUGGAAUGACCCUUGAGGAGAUGGAAGAGUUUGCCAAGGAGCUGAAACAGAAGCGGGUGGCACUGGGUUAUACCCAAGGAGACAUUGGCCACGCCCUGGGAAUAUUAUACGGGAAGAUGUUCAGCCAGACGACUAUCUGCCGCUUUGAGUCCCUGCAACUGACCUUCAAAAAUAUGUGUAAACUCAAACCCCUAUUGGAGCAGUGGCUGGGAGAGGCGGAGAAUAAUGACAACCUACAGGAGAUGAUCCACAAGGCCCAGAUUGAGGAGCAGAACCGCAAGCGGAAGAUGAGGACCUGCUUUGAUACUGUUCUAAAGGGCCAACUAGAGGGCCACUUCAUGUGCAAUCAGAAACCUGGUGCCAGGGAGCUGACGGAAAUUGCCAAAGAACUGAGUCUGGAGAAAGAUGUGGUGAGGGUCUGGUUCUGCAACCGGCGGCAGAAGGAGAAGAGCAAGUUCAGAAUGUCCAAGGGGCAUGAGUUUGUGGGUGGUGCCAGUCCUGGAUCCAUCCAAUCAGAACACAUUUCUUUCACCCCCAUUCCAGCUAAUUCCCAGGACUAUGGAUUGGCCUCUCUACACCCCAACCGAGCCCCCUUCUACCCACCUCCCUUCCCCAGGAAUGAGCUGUUCCCUCACAUGGCUCCGGGGAUAUCUAUGGGGGUCCUGACCGGCUGAGCCCACUGAUUUUAUUUCCGAAUCUGCUGAACUGGUCUUACUGGGAAUUGUGCUUUUAUUAUUCUUUUAUGGGAGGAGGAGGAGUUGGGGCAGUUGUUGAACUACAGCCCUUGGUUCUGGCUUAGGGAACGUGGAUCUGGGGUCCUCCACAUUGAAUGUUGUCCCUUGUCCUGAUCGUUGUACUUGUAGGGCUGGGGAUGGUUCUUUAAGAGUCCCCAGAGCAGGACUGUUCUAUUACCAGCACUUGUUAAUUUGCACUGCAUUAUGGGAUGGGGGAUUAUUUCUACUAAAGAGACUGGCAUAGGCUUUAAUAAUCUUCCAUAGGUUUAUAGUGUAACGUCUGGAUACAAUGGAACAGCAGUCGGUUCCUCCAAUCCACUCUUUCUGCUACAUUGUAUCAGGGGUAGAACUAUAGUGUCUGUCUGCACUGCUGGAUCUGACUCCAGAAACACAGCCGGACAGAUACUGCUUCUAUACCUCUGGUUACUCAUGCUGUGCUGCUAUGGGUGCCAAUGUUUGUCAGGGAAAUGUUUUUGUUCCUCAAUCGCAUGGAUUGUAAGCUCUUGGGGGUAACUCUUCUGUUUCCAGAAUAUCCAUUGAAUUUUCAUUAAAUGUCUUCCUGCUUUUAUAUUUGCAAUGAAGCUGUGUGUGGGGGGGGAGGGGGUGUACCCUGAAAUGACCCUGGGGGAUGGGUUGGUCGGUACCUUGAAAGGACCCAGGGAGAUAACGAGACAAUUAGGAGCAAUCGUUCCCUGCCUGGCACUGUGGGAGUUAAUCAGCUGCCUGCAUUGGUGAGCAGAGAAGCCUGUUUUGACCUAAAAUAAAGGGGAAGUAAAUAAGUACGGUACAUACAAGGGGAUUGUUGCUUCUAUUGAUGCUAACUGCCACCUAUAAAAUUCUCAUGCUGUAGAUGCGCUUACCCUUUUUUUAAGCGUUAAAGGGACUGGGCAUCUAAAGGCGCCCCCCCGUUCUACAUAAUGCUAUAGGUUUCUACAGGAGACCAAGGACUUUAGCAAUCCAUAUAGUAUUGAUAUUGCAGUUAUUGAUGAUUAGGAGGCACUGCGUCCAGGACCUGUAGAUGGAGCCUGUUCUAACUGUCAGUGCCCAGAGCUUUCUCUUGGAAACGGAUUUAUGUUUCGACUAAACACUGGGAAUUGGGUCAUAAGAUCCCCGGAGCUUUGUUCCUAUAACCUGAUGUGUGAACUGAUUCUUUAAUAAAAACUGCCUUAUUCUUC